CGUUACAAAGGACUAUUAAAAAUCACACAAAGAUUUGGAUACUGGUUAUUCAGUACUUGUGUUAUUUCCGUUGUGACUUCUGCCUGUUAACAAUGUUAGUAGUUUGUCCAUCUUGCCACGCCGUAGAUGUUGAUACAUCAUGGCGUCCUCAGAUUCGCAACCCCGCUUUGGUCAGUCUGUUAAAGGCCUUUUAUCGGAUAAAGUGGGGUCUUGCAGUGGAGAUGUUAUCGCCCUCACUCGUCAGGUUUUGAAGGGAUCACGCAGUCAAGAGCUUCUUAGCCAAGCGGCCAGAAAUAUGGUAAUUCAAGAAGAUGCAAUCCUGCAUUCGGAAGAUAGCCUUAGAAAGAUGUCCAUCAUAACCACACAUCUGCAGUACCAGUCUAAUUUAUGUUCAUUUAACCCUUCAGGCAGGAGGCCAUUCAGAAGAAUGUGGAAAACUCAAGAAAUCUUCAGGACCAACUGAAACACUUACUAAAGUAAACUCAAAAA